UCAGGCCAGUUUCCGGGCCCGCCAUGAUGUUCAGAAGACAACGAGGAGCAACUGAAAGACCGUCGAAAUGGAUGUUAUGGAUUUAAACAACGAAAAUUAUAGUUUAGAAAGAGAUAAUUACCGUCGUUUUGGAUAAGAAACCUCAGCUAACUGGUUAUUAAAGUGUUUAUUUCCAGUGGCCGUUUUCUAACCAGUUAACUAGUUAGUGUAAAAUAAGGUUAUCUGCGGGUAAUGUUUUUGUUUUGACUGGUAGGUACACGGACCAAGGCCGCAGAUCUCCUUCUCUCAUCGUAGGUCACACAAGGAUCAACAUCGUUUCCUGCGUGGACUGCAACUCCGAAAAGGAUCGUUUGAAGGACUUUUAUUUUAUUUGGACGUUUGAUUUUUUCCCCCAGACGGAUUGAAGAAUAUAUUUUUUAGGACUUUGCGCCGUUUUACGGCGGAAGAGCGACGCUUACGGGCCUCGUAUGGACUCCUAACCGCGACCCCGGUGCCGCGCUGCUUUCCGCAGCUACAAGGCCCGUUGUUUCCGCGAGAGAGACUCUUACUGACUGUAUUAAUAACCGUGAAAAAAAAACGUAAUGGACACUUGUGGAACUGUACUUUUUCUUGUUGUUUUACCGGACACUUAAUUAACGAACUGACCGGGUUAUUAAAGACGCUGGUGUCCCGGUCUGUCACUACUAGUAGUUUGGUGUCUUUGACGCAAACAGCUACAAGGACUAUCUGUGAAUACUUCCUCUUAGUUCAUUGCCUGUUUUCCCUUCGAUAUUAUCUUAUUAUAGAAUAAUCUGGUAGUUUCCCCCCCCCCUCCACCUUCAGUCUCAGAUCAUAUCUACUACUGGUUGUUAUUUCUUAACUAACGUGUUGUUUUCCCCCCUCCUUUGUCUUUGAGUUUGAGUUUUUUUUAAGUGAUUAGUUGUGAGAAUGUCGUGUGUUCAUUAUAAAUUCUCGUCCAAACUGGACUACAACACCGUGACCUUUGACGGGCUGCACAUCACCCUGGCCGAGCUGAAACGGCAGAUUAUGGGCAGAGAGCGCCUCAAAGCCACCGACUGCGACCUGCAGAUCACCAACGCACAGACCCGUGAAGAGUACACUGAUGAAGAGGUUCACAUCCCCAAACACUCGUCAGUGAUCGUCAGACGCACCCCCAUCGGAGGGGUCAAACCAGCAGGCAGAACGUUCAUUGUUGACCGUUCUGACAUGGCUGCUGGAUCCUCCAGACCCACCGACUCUUCACCGUCUGUCUCCCUGGCCCAGCUCUCUAAGACUGCCAACCUAGCGGAGGCCAAUGCGUCAGAGGAUGACAAGAUCAGAGCUAUGAUGUCCCAGUCCAACAGUGAAUAUGACCCCAUACAUUACUCUAAGAAGGCCAUAGGACCGCCUCCUGCACAUUACACCUGCUAUCGCUGUGGCAAGAACGGACACUACAUCAAACACUGCCCCAUGCAGAUGGAUAAGAGCGUAGAGGCCCCUAAGCCAAUCAGGACCAGUAAGGGAAUCCCUCAGAGCUUUAUGGUGAAGGCUGAACCAGGAACGAAAGGAGCCAUGUUGACCAGCACUGGAGAAUAUGCUAUUCCUGCUAUCGACGCGGAGGCCUAUGCUCUGGGUAAGAAGGAACGUCCACCCUUUGUUCCUCGUGAAGCGUCAUCGUCUGAAGAUGAGGCUGAUCCAAUCCCUGAUGAGCUGCUCUGCCCCAUCUGUAACGACCUGAUGAAUGAUGCUGUGGUCAUACCCUGCUGUGGUAACUCCUACUGUGACGACUGUAUCAGGACCAGUCUGCUGGACUCAGAGGAACACACCUGUUUCACCUGCAAACAGUCUGACGUCUCACCUGACGCUCUCAUCGCUAACAAGUUCCUACGACAGGCAGUGAAUAACUUUAAGAAUGAGUCUGGUUACACCAAACCAGCACGAAACAAAACCCUGCAGCAGUCUGCCCCGCCCCCAGCACGGCCUCAGCCAUUCAGAACCCUCGGCUCACGCCAGCAGGACCCCCUAUUGGCCAACACUCGCCAGCAGGACCCCCUAUUGGCCAGCACUCGCCAGCAGGACCCCCUAUUAGCCAGCACUCGCCAGCAGGACCCCCUAUUGGCCAGCACUCGCCAGCAGGACCCCCUAUUGGCCAGCACUCGCCAGCAGGACCCCCUAUUGGCCAACACUCGCCAGCAGGACCCCCUAUUGGCCAGCACUCGCCAGCAGGACCCCUAUUGGCCAGCACUCGCCAGCAGGACCCCCUAUUGGCCAGCACUCGCCAGCAGGACCCCUAUUGGCCAACGCUCGCCAGCAGGACCCCUAUUGGCCAACGCCCGCCCCCAGCCUCCCUCACUCCUCCUGUCACCUUGA